AGGUAUUUCACACACAUAUAUAGAUAGUUCUGGAAUUUUUAGUUUUAAUUACAAAAUAGUCACUAUAUAUAUUCAUAUUAAGGAAAGAAUUAAUAACAAAGCAGUCAAAAAUGUCGGACUGGGAUACGGUAACUGUUUUAAGGAAAAAGGCCCCUAAGUCUAGCCAACUGAAGACCGAAUCAGCUGUUAAUCAGGCACGCCGCCAAGGUGUUGCCGUUGAUACGCAGCAAAAGUAUGGUGCUGGCACCAACAAGCAGCAUGUGACUACUAAGAACACUGCCAAGCUGGAUCGUGAGACUGAAGAAUUGCGGCAUGACAAGAUACCGUUAGAUGUUGGUAAAAUAAUUCAGCAAGGACGCCAAGGCAAGGGUAUGAGCCAGAAGGACUUGGCCACGAAAAUCUGCGAGAAACAGCAAGUGGUUACGGAUUAUGAAGCUGGUCGUGGAAUUCCCAACAACUUGAUACUUGGCAAAAUGGAGCGGGUGCUUGGCAUAAAAUUACGUGGCAAGGAGCGCGGCCAACCAAUAGCGCCUCCCGGUAAAAACAGCAACAACACCAGCAAUAAACAUCCAAGGCAACAACCACAAUUGGACUCUGGAGGUUGGAGUACUGUGUGCAGUCGACGCAAAUGAAGCAAAUAUCGGGAGGCUGUUUAUCAACAACAACAGCAGCAGCAACAAAAGGAGAGUGAACGAGUUAAGAAACCAUCAAAAGCUAUUUAAACAACAAAAACAUCAACAAACAAUCCAAUCAAACAGCCAUGAGCGCCAACCACACAAGCAACAUUCGCAACUAAUUCUUUUCUAACAUUUUUCAAUUUUAAAUAAUUUACAAUUUAGUGACUAAAAUUCAAACAUUGUAAUUCAAUUAUUGGUAAAAAGAAAAAAAAU